GGGGACAGCGGCGGCCUUGGACUGGUCCUGCUGUUGGGUAUCCGCGGCAGUUCGCUUCCCUGAUCGCUGCCGGCUCUGGGCACCCGCUCCUGGCAUAUUCGGCAUAUCGGCGCUGGAGCCGUAUCAGCACGCUGGCGAUAUUGGAUUCUCCCUCGCACCGACACCUCACCUGCAUCACACUCCCAUCGCCGCUGGACAAUCGCUGCACCAACUCCAAGUCCACCCCCCUGCAUCGCGCAUCUCGCCGUCAACACCGAUGGAACAGGCCGCCUUUGAUCUCAUCCAGCCUCGGCUCGGCCGACCAAGCGUCCUCUCGGCCCGGCCGCACAUCACCUUGACCUAUGCUCAGACCCUCGACGGCUUCAUCGGCGGGCCGAACCGCACCCAGGUGCUCAUCUCGUCCAAGGAAUCGCUUGUCAUGACCCACACUUGCCGGGCCCUGCACUCGGCCAUCCUGGUCGGCUGCCAAACAGUUCGUUCCGACAACCCGUCGCUGACCGUGCGGAUGAUUCCGUCGCUGCCGCCAGCUCAUCCGGGUGGACCUCGCCGUCCGGUGCAGCAUCCAACCGCCAUCGUUGUCGACUCAAGCCUAUCCAUCGAUCCGGGAUGCAAUCUUGUCCAGCGGGCCAAGGAGCGGCCGCUCAUCGUGCUCGCCAACGAGACGGCUCUGAUCGAUCGCAGCAAGCGAGAAGCGCUGGAGUUGGCUGGUGCAUCUGUCGUUCUGGUUCCUCCGAUGCCAAGCAACCCACACCGGAUCGAUCUCGCCCAGGCGUUCUACCGGCUGCACCAGGAGCCCUUCCGGAUCGAUUCCAUCAUGGUCGAGGGAGGCGCCUCGAUUAUUUCCUCGGUGCUGGAGCAACAGCUGGCCGAUCUGCUUAUCGUCACGAUUGCGCCCAAGUUCAUGGGUCGAGACGGCGUCCAUGUCCUGGGAAGCAGGCCUGCGGCAUCCGGCGAACCCGUAGCCGAUGACGACGCAUCGGCGUCCAAACGCACAUCCGGCGUCGAUGGACAACAGCUCGCUCGAGUUCAGUGGCAGCCAUUUGGAAUCGACAUGGUGAUGGUUGGCGAGUUUGUGCGCUGACCCCGAUCCGACACAGAUUCCGGCUAUUGUUGAGCCCUGGCGACACACGGACGGAAGGCCAAAGGGUAACGAAGUGAUCGCCACUUCUAUUUCUGACCGCCAGCGGGCCUCGGUUUCGCCUGGAUUUGAGCAUAUGUGCCGAGAAUCACGGAGGUGUCUGUUUCGAUCGUCUUUGCCCAGUUCUGGAUAUCGCCCAGCUCCUGCGGGGCGAGAGAAGGAGAGUGCGAUCCAGAGCGUGAGGACAUGAUCAAACGACAGCUUGGAUGAUGAAAUGGGCAGUAUGCGCAAUGGAGCCGGGGGCGGAGGCUCGAAGAAAAAAUACAGCCUGACGAACCCUGG